AUGGCUCAGUGUUGCGUGCGCGGAACUGGCGUCCGAAUCGUGCGCCAUACACUGAAACGAUUUUCGAGCGGCUUUACGCAGCCGUCGAAAUUGCGCGUGCUUCCGCUAAAUGUAAUGCGUUAUCUGUCCAAAGACAGCUACGAGAGUUUCAUUAUGGAAUGUGACAAUGAUUUUGAGAAAUGGCGUCACUCAACACCAAAUUUUUACGCCGCCCAAUCAAUAGAUAUGAGACCCUACUCUUUCGUGCACAACCUCGAUCCAAUAUCAGUCCGCGAAGGAUGCCACAAAAAUGCCGACGACGUAUUAUUUGAUAUGUUCAAAAAUGACGAGACGGGCCUACUCCCCGUUGGAAAAUUUUUGGCCGCUCUUAGAACAACUGGAAUUCGCAAAAAUGAUCCUCGUGUCAAAGAGGUUAUGCACAAUUUAUAUAAAGUUCAUAAGGAGUCCAACUUUGAAGGGGGAUCUCCAGAAACAUUAAAAUUGGAUAGAAAAACAUUUAAAGAAGUGAUUGCACCUAAUAUUGUUUUGAUUACACGUGCAUUCCGUAGUCAGUUUGUCAUACCUGACUUCCAAGACUUUAUAAAGGACGUAGAAGAAAUUUAUUGGGCUGCUAAAAGUAAUACAGAUGGAAAGGUUGCAAGUUACAUUCCGCAGUUGGCUAGGGCGUCAUCGGAAAACUGGGGUGUGAGUGUAUGCACGAUUGAUGGACAACGAUUUUCAAUCGGGGACGUGACUGUACCGUUUACAUUGCAAUCGUGCAGCAAACCCCUAACAUACGCCAUGGCACUCGAAACUCUGGGCCCUGACGUAGUCCACAAGUACGUUGGUACAGAGCCAAGCGGCCGAAACUUCAAUGAACUCGUAUUAGAUUACAAUAUGAAACCUCACAACCCUAUGAUCAAUGCGGGCGCUAUUUUGGUUUGCGCUUUACUGAAAACGCUGGACAAACCGGAAAUGACACUGGCCGAAAAGUUUGACUACGUUAUGUCCUUCUUCAGUCGACUAGCCGGUCAUGAAGUUUUAGGUUUCAAUAACGCUGUGUUUUUGUCGGAGAGAGAGGCUGCUGACCGAAACUACGCUCUGGGUUUUUACAUGCGCGAGCAUAAAUGCUACCCGGACAAGACAAAUCUCCGAGAGUGCAUGGACUUUUACUUUCAGUGUUGCUCAAUGGAAGCCAACUGUGACAUAAUGUCAAUUAUGGCGGCGACUUUGGCAAACGGUGGUAUUUGUCCAAUUACUGACGAGAAGGUAUUGAGACCGGAUUCCGUACGGAAUGUUUUGUCACUGAUGCAUAGCUGCGGCAUGUACGAUUACUCCGGGCAGUUCGCAUUCAAAGUCGGACUUCCGGCAAAAUCUGGCGUAUCCGGAGCUAUGCUUAUCGUGGUGCCAAACGUCAUGGGAAUAUGCACUUGGUCUCCGCCAUUAGAUCCGCUGGGGAACAGUUGCAGAGGGCUCCAGUUUUGUGAGGAUCUCAUUAUGCGUUUCAACUUCCAUAAGUAUGACAACAUCCGUUAUGCCAGUCAUAAAAAAGACCCACGUCGCUACAAAUUCGAGUCCACCGGACUGAGUAUUGUAAAUCUACUUUUCUCUGCCGCUAGUGGAGACCUUAGCGCUUUGAGAAGACACCAUCUCUCCGGCAUGGACAUGACGCUGGCGGAUUACGAUGGUCGUACGGCGCUCCAUCUGGCGGCAGCGGAGGGUCAUUUGUCAUGCGUCGAUUUCUUACUCGCCCAAUGCUCUGUACCACACGAUCCAAGAGACCGAUGGGGUAGCCGCCCUCUGAAUGAGGCGGAGACCUUCGGCCAUACUGCUGUAGUGCAAUACUUAAAGGAAUGGGAGCGUGCUCAUCCCAAAGGGCAAAAUGAACCUGCAGACAAAUCCGAGUCGACCGUAGACGCAAUUCUUGAAGUCAAACCAGACGCGAACGACGCUGUUAAGGAUCCAAGU